AUGAAUCCAAGCACCCGUUCGGCGAAGCUCAUGCCAUGUGGACCUCAAUUGUUGGAUAGGAUUCCAAUGUCGACCGAGCCUGAUGCCGAUCGAUUCUUUUUCAUGCCCGAGUUCGGCGCGUUCAUGGUGGAGGGAACGCCUGGUGCGCCAUGGGUUUUGGACAAGGAUAAUACGGCGGAAGUGUUUGAGUGGUUCAGAGGAGCACGGCGUCACAUACGUCUUGGGCUGGAAAGCAUGGGCAUUACCGAUGUUUACCCAUUCACGCUAACAUCGUUUCCUCUUAUGGGCACGCCCGAUUCCGUUUCCGACCAUCCUAUGAUUAAGCCACCUCAGGAACCAGUUAUGCGGAGCGAAUUUUGCAGCGACGUGCUGGUGAACCCUCAUCCCCGUUUUGUAACAUUGGCGAGAAAUAUACGGACUCGUAGGGGUAAGAAGGUGCGCAUUCAGUCGCCUCCCUUCUUUCCUAAUCCCAAAAAUAUGCCGGCAAGGGCACACGCAAGCAGCGCAUCCGGCACCGAUGCUCCGUUAAAGGACCUAGAUGAAGACGCUCAAUCCUCACCUGCGCCGCCCACUGUCAAAGAUGCAGCGGUAUCUGCGGAAGAAAGUGAUCCUGUUUCAUCCAAUACUGUUAACUCAAGUUAUGACUUCCGCAAGGAAGCUGAGGCGUCACUCUCGUCGGCGUUCAUCAAUCCGGUUGGGCGGAUUGAUGACACCGACCUGCGGGCAGAAAUCGACCGGAUAAUCGUUUCCAGUGACGUACGCAACCAGGUUGAAGAAUAUGACUACCCGCCGUCAGACCACGACCCGAUUUACAUGGACGCUAUGGUGUUUGGCAUGGGUAUGUGUUGCCUCCAGGAGACCUUCAGCUGCGUCGAUGAACUGGAAGCUCGAUACCUAUACGACCAGUUGACCGUGCUAUCGCCCCUUUUCCUUGCGCUGACGGCGGCUACGGCGGUGUUCAAAGGCACAAUGUCAGCGCAUACGACGCGUUGGCGGGUGCUCUCGCAGUCAGUCGACGACCGCCGCGACGAAGAACUCGAACAAGUCCCGUUUUCCAGGUUCUCCACUGUGUCGCUGUAUUUGUCGCUAGAGCCAUACCUUUUGGCCAACUAUACGUCUCUGAACGACGUGCUCGUCCCAUCGCGGCCGGACGUAUACGAGGCGUGCGUUUCCGCAGGUCUGGAUCGUGUAAUAGCGCGACACUUUUCCGCCAUCAUGUCACGUGACCCGCUCGUGACUUUUGAGCAGGAUUUAGAUGCCGUCGAUAUCCACAAUACGGAUGAGCACUUUGAAUGCUUUCAGAGCACCAACUGGAAUACGGUGCGUCUGAAGCCGCCUCCGUUGAAGGGGUCUGGGUACCCCAUUCCUUGGCGCGUGGAGUUUCGAUGUUGCGAAGCUCAGCUGCGCGACGAUGAGUCCGCGGGCCUGGCAUGCAUAAUCGCACUGAUGGUACGUGUCAUCUUGAAGGAGCGUUGGAAUCUGUAUAUGCCUAUGUCUCUAGUUCACGAGAAUAUGGAGGCAUCCGACAGCCAGGACGCUAUAACGAAGCACAAAUUUUACUUCGUUACCAAUCUGAAUGGUAGCAGUUACGAGCUCGCGCGCUACACACUUCGCGAGAUUUUCUUUGACUUGGAUAAGCUGGGUCUGCUUGCUCGUUGCGCUAACCACUUGGACAGUGAGUUGUCCUCCGGUGCGAUAUCACAGGAAUCGCACGAUUUGCAAAUGGAGUACCUCAACGUGCUUAAGAAUCGAGUGUACGGGGCCAGCGCCACGAAUUCACAGGAGAUCCGCGACUAUGUGUUGGGCCACCAAGACUUCCGCGGAGACGGCGUUGUAACCCAGAGUGUAGUGUAUGACAUGCUUGAUGCAAUUGCAAAGUCUAAUUAG